UCUGUGUUGCGGCUCCUUUCACAACUUCCCUCCAGGUCCCGAGGAGGCAAAGUUAACAUAAAAAGGUCGUGUAACUGAGUUAUUUUAAUGAAUAAAUAUUAAAUUAGUCAACGGACAACAUUCGGACUCUAUGAUUCGACGGAAAACAGAGAAUAUCUUUAUUUAUCUGAAAACACAUCCUGAAACAUGGAGGAUCCAAACAGACCACAGAGGAAAAUGUCAACAGCAGGAGAGAGUUUGUACAAGUUGCUGGGAGUGGAGAAGGGAGCGUCUCCUGACGAAUUGAAAAGAGCCUACAGGAAAAUGGCAUUAAGGUAUCACCCUGAUAAGAACCCAGACAACCCCGAAGCAGCUGAGAAGUUCAAGGAGAUCAAUAAUGCCCACUCCAUCCUCACUGAUCUGGACAAGCGUGGUAUCUACGACCAAUAUGGAUCCAUGGGCCUCUCGGUGGCCGAGCAGUUUGGGGAGGAGGGAGUCAAAUAUUACUUUCUCAUGUCCAAGUGCUGGUUCAAGACCCUGUUUGUGUGCUGCACUAUUUUCACCUGCUGCUGCUGUUGCCUCUGCUGCUGUUGCUGCUGCGGAAAGUGCAAACCACAAGAUGAAGAGGACAAUUUCGUCUACAUGGACCCUGAGGACCUGGAGGCUCAGAUUAGAGAACAAGAUGCAGCAGACCAUCCCGUAAUAGUUAUUCAGCCGAACUCUAGCGAUGCUGCUAGCCAUUCAGCAGACCAUCCCGUAAUAGUUAUUCAGCCGAACUCUAGCAAUGCCGCUAUGCAUUCAGGGGAGAACACACCGAUUGUGAUUCAGACUCACGCAGCCAAGGGGGGCUCAGGACCUGGAGAAUGAACGACUGUAUCAAACACUGAAGUGCAGAAAAUGUUUUCAUCUCAGAGAUUUGUUUGUUUACAUGAGUCAAACUGCAAUUUAUUUGAUUGUGCCAUAGUUAUUUUUUUUAAAAUGUGCUUUUUCUUUGAUCCAGUCUUGUAUUUAUUCUUUUAAAAUGUUAAAUUUCUGAAUUUGGGGCGGAGACUAAUAACAAAGCCAUGCAGAUCAAAGCCUCUGAGCUCGGGGAUAAUUAUUUUUUUCCUGCGCACUUUAAACUCACACAUUCAUAUUGAAUGUUUGGAAUAUUCUGAAGCUGCCAUGAUCAGAGCACGUUUUGGCCCAAGAUUCAGAAAUUUUCAGAUUUUUAUUUUUAAUAUGCCGAUUCAGGGGUUUCUGUGGAAGCUUGCUUCCAGCACUGGAAAGGGGAAAAAAAAAAGCCAAGCGUAAAUCAGAAUUUUGGUGUCAGAUCUCAAAAUUUCGACUCAAUGACUCAGGAUCUCAAGUCGAGUCUCACUUAAAGUUUCACCUAAUCAGACGUGUGAGCCGGCAAGUGGAAAUUUUGAGAUGGUGACUUGAAACAAAACAAAAAAAAAAAUGCUUGUUCGGUCGCACUGCACAUAGAAACAGACUCUAUGUUAAACGGUUUACUGAUGUGGCCACAGAUCACACACAGAUUUAUCAAACAAAGGUUUAGUUUUAAAAUUUUAGCGCUGCCUUAUGUGACACAUUCAGUUGCCAGCUUGUAAAUGACUCUUUGAAGUUUAGUCUUGUGAUGCUUGCAGAGAUUUUAAGGAAUUACUAAAUUGCCUAAUUCUGAGAGUUGGAUGAAGACUGUUGAUCACAUUUGUGUUUGUCCACUUGAAAUCUGUAAAUGGAUCAAAUACCCCCCAAAAUGAUUUGUCUUCCUAUAAAUGCCAUAAUUGUAAAACCAGAUUUAUAUACCUGCUUUUAAUUAACACAAAAAGAUUGGAUUUACUUCAAUGGUACGUUUAGAAAUUAGUCUAAACGCACCAUUGAGUUACAUUUGGCACACCCCUUUAGGGCGAGUGCAGCAAUGUGUAGAAACCAAAGAAAUCACACGGAGGCUUCUGCUGUAGCGCCCUCUUUGUGUGUGAUUUCACCUAACAACAACCAGCAAGCCCCAGGAACCACUCGCCGACCAGCUGGGGGAGCACACCUUUUUCCAAGCCGCCUCCUCCCUCACUACCUGAAGCAAAGAACCGGCUGGACCAGUGGACCACUGUUUAUUCUGUUUGUGCAAAGAUUAAACAAAAGACAUGUUUUGGACAUGUUGAUUGAUGUUUCCACUUGUGAUGUUUUCAACCUUUAUGCUUAAGUCCCUUUGGCUCCUGCUCAAGCUUACUUAAUUAUACACACAGGCACAGUGACAAUAAUCUGUUUUAACUCCUGGAAAGUGAGCCAGUGUUUCAGAAGAGGUACAGUUGGUCAUUUUUGUCAUUGCACAUAAGUAAAAAAAAUAUGCAGGGAGGUGAAUAGAGUUGUGUGAAUUUUUCUACACUUGACACUAAAACCAUCGUUUGUUUCUUUAGAAAAUAAGAUCGCAGCUUUCUGAUUUAUUGCCAUUUUGACUUUUUUGUGUAUGUCGUGAUUGUCUUGUAAAGUCAGAGAUGUAUAUUUAUGAUUAGAGGAUUUAUUACAAAUUGAGUAUUAAGGUAAAGAUUCUUUUGUUUAAAUGAUAUUUUUCUAUUUUCUCUCGGGGUAAAAAUGUUGAGGUUGUGCUUCAUUUUGAUUUCAUUUUAUACAAAUCUGGCUAUAAUAAUAAUUUGGAUGCUGAUUUUCUGACGAUCCUUGACUGCGGUGUAUUUAAAAGCCUGCUUGUAUACUUUUGUAUGCCAAUGAUUAUACUUGACGCAAAAGUGCCUGAAUGCAGUUUUUGAAUAAUUUUACAGAAGUGUAUUUUAUGUCAUUAUCUAAACAUUUCCAUGCUGAGUUUGUUCUGUCUACUUUGACAGAUUUCCAACUGUUGGUGUAAAUUUGAGUUUCUUCUAAAGCAUUUCAUGAAAUAAAGUUGAAUAAUUCAGAAAAU